GAGCGCGAGCGAGCAAACGCGCUCGCCAAGAGAUUGCCAUGUGGCGCCGGGCAACAACCCUACCCGGCUGCUCGACUCUGCUUUCUUCUGACUUCUUCCUCAAAUACACCUUCGAGCCCCAGAGCAUCUUCUUCGCUGAGAUGCACGCCUUUGCGCGCGAUGGCAAGCCGCCUUACUUUGACUAUACGCUCUCGAGCGGCAGCGUAGUCCGCAAGCAUUGGCUGUGCAAUCAAUAGAAAAAUCACUGAACAGUCGGGUCACUCACUUCCUGACUGUAUCUCUCCUGCUUCUGCGCAACCCAUCGAUAAAGAUGCUUCUCGCUACGACAGCCAUCGCGAUCGUAUCGUGUGCAUUGACGCUCGCUGCACCUACGUCGUCGGACAUCCGUGCCGUCAAGAACCCGCCCUGUGCCUAUAACGACGUUGCCCACCUUCGUAUCACAGACAGUAGAAAACCGCUGGAUGUGGACAUCACAUGGUGCAGUGCUUGGGCUCCUUCUCCGCUGGGCAAUAUCCACAACUUUGGUGCAUCGACGCCCAAGACGACGUUCAAGUUCGACGACGGCGGAGCGCCUUUACCCGGCGGGGAAACUUUCGAGACGUAUGCUGUCCAGGGAGAAAGCGCGCCGAAUCAUCCGUUCUGGUUCCUGAUCUCCUACAUCCUCAAGGGUCGGGCGGUCAAGGCUGUCAAUCUACGUGUCUUCCAGCCUGACGGAACUCUCACGGGGGUCAGUUAUACGUUCACGCUCGGCGGAGUCGUACAAUCGCACUAUAAGCAACCCUAGCAUGCUCGUUACAUUUGGCAGUUGCAGGUCUCGCGCGAUCGUGUCUCGUCGACGAUCGAUUGCUGCUCGUUCAGAUGCGAUGUUAUUGUCAUAAUCACUGAGGGGCGACCGGCUAUUCGACGUUGCGC